UCGACAAAAGAGAACCCAAAUCUGAAGAUUCAUUCUCAUUUUCUUUCCGCUUCCUAUUCGAAGAGACAACAGGAAGUGAAAAGAAAAACAGGAGGAAAAACGUAUGGCAAGUGAGGCGGCGAUGGAAGUUAGCGCCCCAGCGGCUGCGGCAGUGGAAGCAGAGGUAGCGGCAACAGGUGCAGAGAAGCAGCCACAUAAGCUUGAGAGAAAGUGGACGUUUUGGUUUGAUAACCAAUCGAAGCCCAAACAAGGCGCCGCUUGGGGUACCUCUCUGCGCAAAGUUUACACCUUUGACACCGUUGAAGAAUUUUGGUGUUUGUAUGAUCAAAUAUUCAAGCCCAGCAAGUUGCCUGGAAAUGCUGAUUUCCACUUGUUUAAGGCUGGAAUUGAGCCCAAAUGGGAAGAUCCUGAGUGUGCUAAUGGAGGAAAGUGGUCUGUCACUGUCAACAGAAAGCCUAUUCUUGAUAACAUGUGGCUUGAAACUAUGAUGGCAUUGAUUGGGGAGCAAUUUGAUGAAGCAGAUGAGAUUUGUGGUGUAGUUGCUAGUGUACGCCAAAGGCAGGACAAGCUUGCAUUGUGGACUAAGACAGCUACAAAUGAGGCUGCCCAGGUCUAG